AUGUCAAGUGAAGAGAAGAGUGAGCACAAAAGCGUGAAAGCUGGUGGUGAAGUGUCGAAAGAAGCGACAGCAUUGAUUCGAGGGAUUCAGCAUCAGAUCAAGUAUUACCUUGGGCAAGUUCAUGUGAGUACGAAUGAUUACAAUGUGUAUCGUCAUAAAGAGUUAAAAGAAUUGAAAGGUGUUGGUGAGGUGUUUAACACGUACAAGUACACCAAAUUUGUGAGUGAGAAGUGUCGAGACAUAUGUGAUGAUAUUGAUAAGAAGAUGGCAGUGCCGAAGGGUGUUGAGCCGUAUGUAGCAAAAGAGUAUUCACCGAUGGCAUUUGCGAUCAUUCGUCGCUUUUUUGGAGUGAGUGAUAGAGAGAUGAUGCGGUCGAUAUGUGGGGAUGGCAAUUUGACGCCCCCGAAUAUUGGAGCGGGGAAGUCUGGGUCGUUAUUUAUGUUUACAAAAGAUUCGAAAUACAUCUUAAAAGUGAUACCAAAAAGAGAAGAGAAAAUCCUAGUGAAAGUGUUGCCAAAGUAUUUUGCAUUCAUUCAAGAAAAUCCACAAACAUUAAUUCCACGAUUUUAUGGGAUGUAUCGAAUUAAACCAAAACAUGGGGAUGAGUAUCGAUACGUUGUGAUGAACAAUUUGUUUCCUAACACACAAUUUCCUCUACAAUUCAAAUUUGACUUGAAAGGAUCACUGUAUGGAAGAAAAGCUGACGAGAAUGAAAGGGGAAAGAAAUCGCCAUGUUACAAAGAUAUCGACUUCCUCGACCAAAAAGCGGUCAUCAAAAUCGGUCCAAAUUUGGUUAAUGCGUUCAAAACACAAGUCGAAAAAGACAGCGAACUGAUGAGUGACAUGCACCUCAUCGACUACUCCCUUCUUGUCGGCGUCCACCAACUGUCCGACACAGAAAUGGAAACAGCAAAAAAUGCACUCGACAAACAAAAACAAAGGA